AUGCUCGGGUGGGCUCUCAAAAAAGGGUUCCAAGGUGCCACUGGAGCGAAGGACGCGUCCGGUGGUAAUGAAGAUACAACACAAUUCGAGGCUCCAGAUACGCCCGCUCCUGUAUUUGCCGCUCGAGCAUUCAGGAAUGCCCUAUUUGGAACAUCUCGCUCCGAAACAACUAAUAGCAAAUAUACGAAGAACAAAAAUGACAAUUCGACACCAAAUGACAUAACUUCCCCGACCAAGCAGUCCCCAAGCAAGCAACCGACUAGUAUUCUUUUAACUCCUGGUACAGGAACUGCACGUCGGAAACGUGUCUCAUUUAAUCAUGAUGUUAAAGCUGGUAGUGGUGGUAGUGGUCCUGAUGCUAGCCCCCUUGCCUCAGCGCGUCUACGAAGGAGAUCAACAUUACAGCAGGCAUUAGAAAAUUCUCGCUCGGCAAGAUCUAAAAAGUCUAUCGAGAGAGAACAAGAGGAGCCCCCUUUAAAAUCAGUUGACGAGGAGUCCGAAGAAGAAUGGGAAGAUGAUAUUUGCGACCGUGAUAUAACAGUGGAUCUUAACGAGCCACACUCAGAGUCUGGCAAAUAUUGGAAAGCGGAGUUUAACAGAUACCGCGAUGAGGCAAUGGCCGAUAUCGAGCGUAUGGUGAAGUUUAAGGCUCUAGCCAAGUCCUACGCCCAGCAGAAGGAUGCCGAGGCACUCGAACUGGCUCAAAAACUAAAGGAUGAACAACUAAAGGUAGCCGAGAUGGAGGAGAAGAUUGCUGCUAUGUCCUCCCAGACCACAGAUAAGAGAAGACGUGGUAAUGAUCGCGAGGACGCCACUCUAGCGAAAGAUUUAGAGAAGCAGACUGCCCUUGCUACACACUAUCGGGAUCAAGUGAAAGAACUCGAAUCACUCAUUCAGGAACACAAAGGCGAAUCCAGUUCCAGCCAGUCCGAUCGCCGGCGUAUCGAUACGUCACCUAAGACUGAAAAUACACUUCUUGAGGUCAGCCGAGAACUAAGACGAGCGCGAUCCGAGUUAAGGCAGAUGGACAAGCUUCGCAAGGAAGUCAGCAAGCUCAAGUCAGAUCUAAGCGCAGCAGAGGAACGAGUGACAAAACUACAAGAUGAGCAUGUCGACAGAGGAUCUACCGACUCUACGCAAGUAAAGAAGUUAGAGCAUAAACUACAGGCAGUUAAAGAAGAGUCCCAUCAAAAGGACCGUGAGAUUCGGCAACUGAAGAAGGAUUACGAGACCCUAAAGAACGAUGCCAAAUCUCGGACUGCCGAAGCUAUACAGGUGUUGCAAGCGAAGAACGACAAGAUUGCCGAGCUAGAGAGUACUAUCAAAGCAAUUGAGGUCGCGAAUCCCUCGAUUAAGGCGACCCGAGCUCUGAAGUUGGGUAUCGAGUCGCUCAAUAAACCCUCCAAAUACGAGAGUGACAACCCUGAUGAGUUUGAUGAUACACCCAAGGCGAUCAAACGCAACACUUUCCUCCCCUCUGAUUGGGCGAACAGUUUUAAGGACAUUAAGAGCCAACUGAGAAAGGACAAGAAGGACCAGGUAGAAACCAGCAAGCGUGAGAAGGACUUAGAUAUUACCCCGCCUCGAUCCGUUACAAAAUCCAAGGCUCCACUAUCAACAUUCGACUCCGGUAGAGCCAUGUCCAAUAUUCUCUCAAACAGAAUGAAUCAGUCAACAACGAGGGAUACGAUGAAUUCAAGAGAGCUACUCGAUCAAAAGCUUGCUGAGGCACGUGCAGCUCGUGCAGCCCGCGCAGAUCGUGCAGACCGUGUGGAUCGUGUGGAUCGUGUGGAUCGUGUAGACCGCGAUGUUGAGAUGCAUGGCUCUUUAGAGAGGCUAACACCACGCCGUUCGAGACCAAAGUCUUAUAGCGGUCGUUCCUUUUCUUCGGGCAGCGAAGGGCUUGGUUAUGAUCUCGUCCAGGACAAAUUCGCCCGUCUCGGAGGUCCCGAGGCAGAGCACACUUCGGGAAAUACUUCUAGAUGUACCUUACCUGCCGACCGACAAGCUGCAGCUCGAGCUCGCUUGGAGCAGAAGAAGCUCGAGAGACAGCGGAACGGUGGUGGUGGUCGCGACAAGGAGAAUAUCAAACCAUGA